AUGGAUUCACCAACUGAGUUUUCUUGUGGUACACAAUGGGAUGAUGAUAGACGAGGGGAGGAACCACUACUUCCAGAACUUACACUGCACGGUUGCGGCCUUCGGAACUUGUCUUUGAUAGUGCGUGGUGCUCAAGGAGCUGUUUAUUCGGCACACGACGAGAAUGGUAAUCGCUUUGCGGUCAAGAGACUUUUCACGCAGCGCAGCGAUUUUGGGAUUCGUGGCGUUUCUGAAGGCGCAUUGCGGGAAGCGACAUUACUGACACUUGUUAGACAGGAAAUGGAAAAACUGGUACAUGACACCGCUUUUGAUGUUGUCCGUCUGCAGGGAGUGGUUGAAGCACCAUACAAAGAACUAUGUCUUAUUUUGGAGUAUUGUUCUCUCGACCUCUCACAGGUGGUCGUCAAGUCUAAGCGUCACACGCGAAGUUUUCCUUUAGUUGCCGAGGGACCUCAGGUGCGGUGCCCCGUGCUUUCGAAUAUGGGUGUUGUUCGGUAUCUAUUGCGCGGAAUUCUCCAAAUACUCAACAAUCUCCAUGUUAAUUGCCGUAUUAUCCAUCGUGAUGUGAAACUGAGCAACUUUCUCGUUAGAGGGGACGGCAGCGUUAGGUUGAGUGAUUUUGGAAGUGCCCGUUUGCUGCAUGAGACUGUAGAGGAAAAGGAAGCAGCUGAGUGCGUUACUAGCGAUCCGCAGGAUGAAGACGAGGUUGACUGUAGCGAUCCGUUUUCUCACAGCUGCGAAGGUUACACUCCCGCUGCUCAGCGGACAACUUUGAUAUAUCAAGCACCUGAAUGUCUACUUGGGGAACGCACGUACACAACUGCUGUGGACGUAUGGGCUGUUGGCAUUGUUUUUGCCGAAAUAUUGCUUCAACGUCACCUCUUCCGUUCUGUCAAUGAACUAACGUUGAUAUCAGACAUUUGGAGGCUUCUAGGAACACCUUCAACUAAAGGCGAAGAUCCCAACAUUCAGGGCACCAAUGGCGUGACAUUUGCGGCACCCACUGAACCCACUGUCGACGUAAAGUUUAAUGAUGAUAUUGUUAGUCCGGAGGGACGUGAUUUGCUGAAAAAAAUGCUUGAAGUGGAUCCCAAGAAACGUGUCACGGCAGCGGAUGCAUUGCGUCAUUCGUUUCUGACCAGCGUAGAUGCACAACUGAGUCUAAAGGAGGCCCCUGCGCUGUGGAGAGAAAAAGUAAAAGAAUGUUUGGAAGGGGGAACACAGGCAGUCCCCAUGGGGGCUCCAUUCCUUGCUUUAGAUGACGAUGAGGAAGAAGAAGAAGAAGAGGAAGACGUUGACAUGAACAUGGCCACACUUUGA